GUUAGCCCCUCCCACUCAUCGGUACCUUUUAACGGGGCUGUAGUACAGCUAGUCCACAGGGGGGAAAAAACAGAACGUUUAGAGCAGGAGGAAUGGAUAAAAAUAUACCUCGUUAUAAUGUUCAGUUGUAUAUUUAUGACCUGUCAAGAGGAAUGGCUCGCAGCCUUAGUCCUAUCAUGUUAGGUAAACAGCUGGGUGGUAUAUGGCACACGGCCAUAGUGGCGUACGGUGAUGAGUUCUUCUUCGGAGGGGAGGGCAUCUCCAGCUGUUCGCCGGGAGGGACCAUGCUGGGGCCUCCAGAUACGGUGGUGGAGCUGGGCGAGACUGAAGUGACCGAGGAGAUCUUCAUGGACUACCUCUCCUCUCUCGGAGAAACCACAUACAGAGGUGACCGAUAUCGUCUGUUCGAGCACAACUGCAAUACUUUCACCAACGAGGUGGCCCAGUUCCUGACCGGCAGGACCAUACCGUCUUACAUCACAGACCUCCCGUCAGAGGUCCUCUCCACACCGUUUGGCCAAAUCCUUCGACCGAUCCUCGACUCCAUUCACAUCGCCCCUCCAGGAGGUAACGUCAUCAACGGUGGAAGAAACGUCUGACCCGAUGGACCUGCUUGAGGUUCUCCCGGUCACUUUCAUUGUUGUUGGGCUCUUUUAGUUCUUUGUUUUCUUUGUCUUUGUUUCUCAUUCUUCCUGCAUAACGGACGACCACUGACUGCAGCUGGAAACGGGUUUCACAUCUGGUGAGGUUUUAAGCCGCAGCCAUGACUUGACAGUAAACGGAACGCCUCUUUCCAGCACUGUCAGAAAGAUUUGUUUUUGCUUUUGUUUUUCUUCUUCUAUCACUUCAAAUUAUCAGAUCAUCAAACAAAUUUAAUUUUCAGACAAAGAUGCCGUGACAUUUUGAAACAAUGAUUUGAAUUUAUUAAGAGAAAAAAGGUAUCAACCCGAGCUGACACUAAUUGAAAAAGUAUCGCAGUUGCUCUCUAAACAAAGCAACAACGAUUGUGAGUCCUUGUAGUUAGUCUUUUUUACAUCACCGUGAAUGAAUUUGGGCCUGCUCUUCUUUACAGAACUGUUUUAUUUCAGCCACAGUUGACGGUUGUUAAGCAUGAACUGCCUUUUUAAGGUCACAUUUUUUUGCCUUUCAGAUUUAGGCCAUUUUUGUCCUGCCGGGUUCUUUUUGCUGAAUCAUAAACACCGACCAUAACUGAGGUAAAUGUUGCUCCGAGCUCUCUUCUGACCUCUUGAACGAGUCAUUAAUACGCUGUUGGAAUAAUUUUGAUAGCCCACUCUUGGGAAGGUUCCCCAAUGGCUUAUGUAUUCUCCAGAUCUGGGAAAUAUGUUUUCGCUUUUUGAGAUCUUUUAACCUGCUUCAUGCUGUUAGACGGGUCCUAUUCAUUUCUUGAUUCUUUUUUUCUUGGGGGUUGGGAGGGGUGUAGCACCAGUGGCUCGUUUUUUCAAAGUAGGCUGACAGGAAAGGGGAUUUGAGAGGGGGGGAAGACGCGCGGGAGAAGACCUGUCAGGCUGGAACGAACCCGGUUCACAUACGUCCCACUUGGUAUUGAUAGCCUUUUAAACGCCAUAAAUACAGUUUUUCAUUUGGAAACUGCAUUGUUUAAUUUAUCAUGUUUAUCUUUGUCUGGAAAACAAUCUGUUUAACAAUCUGAAACGUUUGAAGUGUGACAACAAAGAUGAAUACAGUAGAAAUCUGUAAGGGGGCAAACAUUUUUCUCAGCACAGUAUAUUUUAAAAUAAGUGUGUAUAUA